AUGUCCCGUAGAAGAGAAAGGAGUGACAGUAGGUACUCUGAGGUACAAGAUUUAGCGGAUAGGUACUAUAAAGAAUUGAGAGAUGGAAAAGUCAGAAUCGAUGGUGCUGGGAGAUAUCUCCGUUGUCCAUAUUGCCAUGACUCUCGGAGGAAAGAGUAUAAUCUCGUGGACUUAGAAAGGCACGCGUCUAGAAUUGGUAGAGACUCAAAAAGUGCAAGUUUUCGAGACAAAGCUAGACAUCUAGGAUUGCUCGGGUACUUGGGUAGGUAUGGGCAUAGGAAAAGGAAGCCAUCCCCAGCAUAUAAUCCUAAACAUUCAGAUGAAAAAGGAAAAUCUUUUGAAGUAGCUAUAGAAAAGGUGUUUGAGAGAACUGAUGUUGACGAUACACUCAUCCGUACUGAACUUGGGGAAAUAAAGAAAAAACAAUAUGAAACAAAGAUAAAAAAUGGAAAUAUAGCUGCUGAAGUUAAUUAUCCAGACAUUGAACAGGGUGAAAUAACUAACGGAUCCGGACAUUUUGGUGUGAUCAACAAGGCUACAUCAGCAAAUUCUGGUGAAGAAGUUUUCAAACCGGCUUUGCAAUCUAAAGCUUGUGCAGCUGUUAAGCAUGUUGAUAAAGGUGAUAACGAGCGUAUUGUUUGGCCUUGGAUGGCAGUUAUUGCAAACAUUCCAGUUGAGAAAAAGGAGGGGAAAUAUGUGGGUGAAAGUGGCGGAAAACUGAAAGAGCACUUAUGUACCCAUGGGUACAAUCCUAUAAAGGUUCACCCUUUGUGGAACUACCAGGGCCACUCAGGGUUUGCUAUUGUUGAAUUUAACAAAGAUUGGGAGGGUUUUAAGGAUGCUAUGGCAUUUGAAAAUACAUUUGAAGUGGAUCGCCAUGGAAAGAGAGAUUGGCAUCAGAGAAGUUGUAGAAGAAAUGGGUUCUUCGGCUGGCUAGCCCGUGAAGAUGAAUAUCAUGAGAAUGGUCUUAUUGGUAAACACCUAAGGAAGAACGGAGACUUGAAGACGCUUUCUGAUAUCGAAAUGGAAAAUAGAAGGAAAGACACCUCUUUAAUGUGCAGUUUGACUAAUCAGUUGGAGUCAAAGAGAAUGGAAUGCGAGGAGAUAAAGAAAAAUAUUAGUAAGACUGACCUUUUCAUGGGAAAUAUUAUGAUGCAGAAGGAAGAGAUGAUCCAAAGCUACAAUGAAGAGAUCCAGAAAAUGCAGGAUAUUGCAUCUGAUCAACUCCGCAAGAUUUCGGAGGAGCAAAAGAGAAGCAAAGCGGAAUUGGAGGCUCAGAGACUAAAAUUAAAGCUGCGGACGACAGAACUGGAGAAACGUCGAGCGCUGAAUGAGAAUGAGAAGAGGAAUCUAGAUAAACAAAAGAAGAAGAACGAGUUGGCAAUUAUAGAACAAAAGAAGGCUGACGAAAAAAUGCUGAAACUUGCAGAAGAACAAAAGAGACAAAAGGAACUCCUUCACAAAAAGAUUAUAGAGCUCGAGUCAGAGCUUGAUAAGAAGCAAGCGCUAGAGUUGCACAUACAGCGUAUGAGAGGUGCGAUUGAGGUGAUGAAACACAUGAGUACUUGUGAAGAAGAAGAUUUGGAAGUGAAAAAAAAGUUGGAAGCAAUCGAAGAAGAGCUUAAUGAUAAAAAAGAAGAACUUGAUGGCAUGGAAACUGUAAAUCAAGCUCUAAUUAUCAAGGAGAGAAUGACCAAUGACGAGCUGCAACAAGCUCGCCAGCAAUUAUUAAGUGUUUUCAACGACAGCCGCGCCAAUAUCUGUGUGAAGAGGAUGGGAGAGCUUGAUGAAAAGCCAUUUGUCAAAGUGGCAAACAUAAAACAUGGUGGUGAAGAUGCAAAAGCCAAAGCAGCAGAACUCUGCUCCUUGUGGGAAGAUUACCUCAGGGAUCCAAGCUGGCAUCCAUAUAAGAUGGUCGUGGAAGGAGAAACUUGCAAG